GAGCGGAAUAACACGCGGGCCUCGUUCGAGAGGGAGGUCCGUCAAGUGAUAGACCAGCCAAACACUCGAACUCGGACUUUCGGGCAAAUGUUUCUCGUGGUUGGGGGGCGAUUGCACCUCACAGGAUGCCGCUCUUUCCGCUUCCGCCCCUUUGGAAGCGCGGUCCUGAACGCGAUCACCAUUGGCCGCGACAUCAACGUGGUUGCCGGCUACGCGAUCCUGACGGGACCACUCACCAUGUCGUCUGCCCUCUUUACUGGCUCCUACUGGGUCUCGGGCUCACAGGGAUUGGCCAUGGGUGGCGUCCUCAUCUAUGUGGGCGGCCGCAACGUGGGAUCGAACCUAUUACAGUUCCAGGUGGGGUGGGCCAUGCAAGGAUCACGGCCCUGA